AGCAGCAACAUGGCUUUCAAGUUUGUAUUCACCUUUGCGAUCAUUGCCGUAGCCAGUGCAGGUUAUAUUCCCACUGCCUAUCAUACAUCAGCUCCCGUUGCUGUUCACACAGCUCCUGUAGCUGUCGCCCAUAAAAUUGUUACCAAAUCCGAAGAAUUCGAUCCUCAUCCCCAGUACAAAUUCAGUUAUGGUGUUGAUGACAAAGUUACCGGAGACUCGAAAAGUCAAACUGAAGAACGUAACGGAGAUGUUGUACAUGGUGAAUACUCUCUGAUUGAUGCUGAUGGUUAUAAACGUACUGUUCAAUAUACCGCCGAUGACGUGAAUGGUUUCAAUGCCGUUGUUCAACGUGAACCAUUGGGUCAUGCUGUUGUGAAGACUGUUGCUCCCGUGGCCCACUAUGCUGCUCCAGCUACUGUUGUUAAACAUGUUGCUCCAGUAGCCCACUAUUCUGCCCCAGUAGCUCAUUACACCGCCCCAACGGUUGUUAAAACUGUAGCUCCAGUUGCUCACUAUGCUGCUCCCGCUGAUGUCGUUAAGACCAUAGCACCUGUUGCUCAUUAUGCUGCACCUACACACUAUGCUACCUAUGAAACUCCCGCCUACAGUUAUCAUCAUUAA